ACAGAAAUGGGCCAAGCAGAUAAUAUACAUGCUGGAUUUAAAGCACUCAACUUGGAAAUCAACCAACAAUCUAAACAUUACCUGCUUAAAAGUCUCAAUGAGUUAUAUGGAGAAAAAUCAUUGCCUUUCAGUAAGGAAUACUUACAGUUAGCCAAGAAAUAUUACAAUGCAGAGCCACAAUCAGUUAACUUUGUGGAAGCAGCAGACGAAAUCAGAAGAGAAAUCAAUUCCAGGGCCAAACAUCAGACUGAAGGUAAAAUCCAAAAUCUGCUGCCUCCUGGAUCUGUCGAUUCACUCACCAGGCUAGUCCUGAUAAAUGCGCUCUACUUCAAAGGAGAGUGGGCAACAAAGUUUGAAGCUGAAGCUACCAGGCAAAGGCCUUUCAAAAUAAACAUGCAUACAACCAAACCAGUGCCCAUGAUGUACCUGAGUGAUAAAUUUAACUGGACCUAUGUAGAAUCAGUCCAGACUGAUGUUCUUGAGCUUCCAUACCGGAAUAACGAUAUCAGCAUGUUUAUCCUGCUACCAAGUGACAUCAUCAGCCUACGAAAGCUAGAAAAAGAACUGACUUUUGAAAACUUGUCUGCAUGGACCAGCCCAAAACUAAUGGAUAAAAUGAAAAUGGAGGUUUACCUGCCCAGGUUCACUUUAGAAGAGAAAUAUAACCUCAAGGAUACUUUGAACAAGAUGGGCAUACAAGAUGCUUUCACUGAAGGUCAGGCUGAUUUCACAGGAAUGUCAGAGACUGGUGAUCUGUUUUUGUCCCAGGUUUUUCACAAGUGUUAUCUGGAAGUCAAUGAAGAAGGCACAGAGGCAGCAGCUGCCAGUUUGGGAUCACUGUCAUCACGAAGUCUUGGUGCUACUGUUAUUUUUGUGGCAGACCAUCCUUUCCUCUUUUUUAUCAGGCACAACAAGACCAAGAGUAUCCUCUUCUUGGGAAGGUUUUCUUCCCCUUAG